CUUUUCUUUUUUAACCAGAGAAUACCCUAUCCAACCAAGUCACCAAGUAAACACCACAGGCACUGAUAUCAAACACCACCGACUGCAAUGAACGACUUCGUGGGAAACAUUUCUAAUGCGUCGACCAGCUUGGGGUCCAAGCCUUUACAGCCUGCUCUACAUGGGACAGCGGCAUCUUUCGUCAGUGCUUCGUUAAUAUGUCUCCUAAUUAUUGGCGCGCUGGCGGCGAAUACCUUCGUUUGUUUAGCUGUUUAUAAGCAGCGCUCGGCCAGACGUAUAACACGCUACUUUAUCAUAAAUCUUUGUGUGGCCGAUAUUUUCAUAACAGUUAUCAGCAUGGCAGUGUGGUUGAUAUUCCUGCUGUACGACAACAGGUCAGCGGUUCACCUCCUUGGAGAAUCGUUUGUGACUAUUUGGAGGCACGUGGAUAUUCUGUGCGGAACAGCCUCGAUUCUGAGUUUGACGUCAAUCAGCGUAGAUCGUUAUAUCGCGGUGUCCAGACCUUACUCAUACGUGGAGUGCAUAACCUCAAGGCGAGCACUGUUUAUGAUUGGAGGGAUCUGGAGUUAUUCCAUAACUGUUGCAGUUUUGUUUAAACCAUUGAGAAAAUUUAAAGGUGGUUAUGCCAUAUUUGUGAUGUUUGCAAGCUUUCUCCUGCCACUUUUGGUAAUCAUCGCAGCUUACGGGAGCAUGUUUCGCGUUGCCAUGCGGCACGCUCGUUACCAGACCCACAUUCUCGAAACGAAGAGCCACCAAUGUUACAAAGAAGUCAAACGACACCUGAAAGCCGCGAAAACCGUCGCGUUUGUUAUAGGAACGUUUUUAUGCUGCUGGGCGCCGUUCAUAAUCGUCAGUGUGUGUUAUGCGUUUUUCAACUUGGAUCCACACGGCGCCAGCGUGACAAAAUGGCUGGCAUACCUGAACGCUGUCUUGAAUCCCGUGGUUUACACCUGUGUGGAUAAACCGUUAAGGAGGCUAGUGAAGAAGCGUUUGUUAUUUUGCUUUCGCAAAAGAUUCUGGAUUUUCUCCAAGGGUGACCAUACCGCCGCAGAAUAUUCUACUCCGAUGGCUACACUGGCUUAAAUCUGUUAUGUAGAACAUGCUAGAGCAAAAACAACAACAGCAAUAACAAGCACCUCACUUACCAAUAAUAGGAGAUUGAAAGAACUGGGCGUGGCAGAUUAAAAGAAUGGGGCAGAGGAAAGAACGACACUAGCUAGAUGAUCUAGUUGCAGAUGGUGUUCUUGUGUUAAGUAAAAAAAAAGAAAGAAAAAAACCAUGAAAAUGUCGCGAAGCUCCCUGGAGACACCAGUAUUUCAGUAGCAGCUACUGGAACGUAUUAUAUUAAACGUGGGACUCUCUAGCUACGCCCUACUCAUCAAGUCGAUACCCCUGUGUACAUGGUUUAUAAUCGGGCUUGGAUUGUAAAUAAAAGAUGACUUAAAAAAUCACUAAGUAAUAUUUAUUUUUAUUUGCCAUAAUAUUACUUUAAAGACACGACUGUUUUACUGGAAAAUACACCACUCGUAAAAUUCAAACGCAACCACAUCUGGUACCCGAGUAGCGUAUUUUUCAUACCCUCACUUGUGGGGAUAUUGAUGACGUCAUUUCCCGGGUUUUUUUUCACAGUUGUUUGACUGUAUCAUUUUUUUUUUAUGAUAAAAAAAGACUAUACGGCGGCUUGAAGAUAUGGGUAUUUUCUCGUGUUAAAAACAAUAUUUUACUGACUUGCAGCGCUCGUUUGCAAAAUGGUUUUACCCCUCGAAAAUAAAAUUCAUAUCUUCGAGCCACCAUGUAUCACCGAUCCAUUCGUCUGUAUAUCGUGAGGCUUACACUACUAUACCAAAGACACUUUAUGGAACCGUCACGCAAUAUUUUCUACUUCACGAGUCCAAACCUCUCCUGCAUUGUUGGGUUGGGAUUUCUGGAUCUUUAUAAGCAACAGCAGUUACAAUAUCUAUAUUUUUCUCAGUACAAAUAUUAUAAUUAUUAUAACAUUUUUAGUUAAUUUAAUAUAUCUGGUAUGCCGGCUUUAGAUGAAGUAACUGUUACAAUCUUGCCUAGUUGUAGGACAGGAGAGAUUAAGGAAACAUUUGCAGUCACAGGUUUUUGUUUAAAAAAAGCAAAAAGCAAAAAUUGAAUAACUAAUUCACGUAUUUGUCGGACAAUAAAUCAUGUUUUAUCUUUUGUAAUCUGAAGCUACGUUUAUUGUUCAUAACUGGAUGUCUGCGACUGCAAGGAUUUUAUCGUCUCAGAUUGCAGACAUUCAGAGGGAGUGGAUGGGGUUAGCUGGCAGUUGCACGCAGCGAAUCGGUCAAGAUUUUGACUUUCAGCUUAGAAAUAACGCACGUUAAAUUAUAGAUUACCCCCAUCCAGACUCUAACAGUUUUACACUACUAACUUUUGCGUACUUGUUUGAUUAAGUACACUCCUGGAGUUGGUGAGAGGGUGGGGGGAAGGAGGAGGAGAGGUCCGCUCAUCAGUAUGGCAGCUAUUAUUCCCUUCGCAAUACCUGUAGGAAUUUUUAUCAAAACACGCGACAAUUGUUGUUAAGAAGUUGAUCAAACUGGAGAUUCACGGUCACUGCAUGACGCCUGGAAACAAGACUACGGUAUCUCUGCUAGUGUCUAGUUGAGUCCACUAGUUUCAAUGAAGAGGCCUUUCUUUGGCUCCAAAGGUUCCGCGAUUUUCGCGGUUCCACAUUUUCUCUCGACGGUACCUGUUCCGUUGAAUAAUCUUAUCAGAGCAAGUCCAUUUCUCUACCAAAAGAGAUACCGAAAAGCUCCUAAAGUAACGACUCUAACUCUUCAUAUUGGCUACCUUCUCUGUCACUACCUUUGGAGGGUCGCAAC